AUGGAGGCUUCCUCGAAACCAAAAAGUGCCAGUAUUGACGUCGAAAGUGGGGACGCUCCCCAUUCGAACCUCAAAAAUAGCGGAUCCAGCUUGAAUGAGUCGCCAAGAGAGAUUAGAAGUGAUACAUCACUUCGAGAAGCUAACAUCGAUCCUAUUACAGAAGCAGCUUUCUUGAAGAGAAUGGAUUACAGAAUGGUGCCACUGCUCUUCCUACUAUAUAUGAUGAGUUAUCUUGAUCGUUCAAACAUUGGCAACGCAAAGAUCGCAGGAAUGUCCAAAGACCUCCAUUUCUCCACCGACGGUAAUGACUACAGCUGGCUCCUCACAAUCUUCUACUUAGCCUACAUCCUUUUCGAACCAUUCAUCCUCCUCUGGCGAGUAAUCCCAGCUCACAUUUUGGUCCCUAUCAUGGUUUCUGGCUGGGGUCUGGUAGCAACACUUCAAUCUGCGGUCAAUUCUUGGUCCGCACUCAUGGCCCUACGAUUCUUACUGGGUAUGUUUGAAGCUGGCGUUGGACCAGGAAUCCCUCUUUAUCUUGCGUAUUUCUACCAAAGACACGAGAUUGGUCUGCGACUGGGCUUUAUUCUUUCAGCUGGGCCACUUGCGACAUGUUUUGCGGGAGCGCUGGCUUAUGGGAUUACGAGUGGACAUCCAAGUAUUGCAAAUUGGAGACUGCUUUUGCUCGUUGAGGGUUUGCCGUGUUUUAUAUUGGCUGCUGUGGCUUGGUUUUAUCUGCCGGAUUCGCCUGCAUCAGCGAAGUUCUUGAGAACUGAAGAAGAUCAAAAUAUUGUGAGCGCAAGAGGUAUUCGGCAGGUUGGUGCAGCUGAGGCUGGUCAUCACGGAAAAGUUGGUCCAAUCGUUUGGUCGGAAGUUGGUGCUGGUGUGCUGAAUCCGAGGAAUUAUAUUACAGCGUUGAUGUACUUCUCUUGCAACGUCUCCUUCUCUUCCUUGCCAGUCUUCCUUCCCACGAUUAUCACAGAGAUGGGCUUCUCAGCAAUCCACGCGCAAGGUCUCUCAGCCCCACCAUAUUUCAUCGCCGUCAUCUUCGUCUUGAUAAGUACCUACUUCGCGGACCGCUACGGCCAACGCGGCAUUGUGAUCUGCAUCAGUGCUCUGAUCGGAGCAGCUGGUUACAUCGUCCAAGCAACCACAACCGUGACAGCUAUCCGUUACUUCGGUGUCUACCUUGCAGCCUCAGGAAUAUACUCAGCGAUCAUCAAUGUCAUACCGUGGAUGAUCAACAAUCACGGCACAGACACGAAACGUGGUGCAGGAUUGGUGAUUAUGGGGUUGGUGGGCCAAUGUGGACCGGUACUUGGGACGAGGAUUUAUCCUGCGAAUGAUGAGCCUUAUUAUAGGAUGGGGAUGUGGACUUGUGCUUCGUUUAUGAUUUUGGUUGCUGUCUUGUCAAUUGCGUUGAGGACCGUAUUAAAGUGGGAAAAUAGUAAGUUGGAUGCGAAAUAUGGGAAGUUGGAAAAUGGCGGAGGUCGAGUGGGCAUGGAGGCCGAAGGCCCAAAUUUCAGAUAUGUCCUAUAAGG